AUGGCAGUGUCAACUAUGGUGUUCUCUGACGUGGAAAGUUUUCUGGACUCGCAUCCCGAGUUAUUCGAAGACUAUCUGAACAGAAAGGGGAAACAUAGCAUGGUGGAGAAAUGGCUCAAGAAUCACAAGGCGUCUAAAAGUGCUGCACCUGCCGCCGAGCCCAGAGAGGAGAAAAGUAAGGACAGCUGGGCGAGCAAAUGUGAUGGUCUGCAGAGGAGAACCUCGCAGAGGGAGCUGCGCAAAACUUUCGCCAGAUCAAAAGCCAUCAAUGUGAACAGGACAUACGACGAACAUGUGAACACCAGGGCCCAGGAGCCCCUGACCAGCAUGAGGAGGAGAGCUCUGCUGAGGAAGGCGAGCUCUCUGCCCCCCACCACUGCGCACAUCCUGAGCGCGCUGCUGGAGUCCAGAGUCAACAUCCCCCAGUACCCGUCCACAGCCGUGGAUUUUAAAUAUUACCUCAAAGAACACAACGAGAGAGAGUUUUUCCUGGAGCUUGUAAAAGACAUAUCUAACGACUUGGAUCUUACGAGUCUCAGCUACAAAAUACUUGUGUUUGUUUGUAUUAUGGUGGAUGCAGACCGCUGCUCCUUGUUUUUAGUGGAGGGCACAGGCAACAAGAAGACACUGGUGUCCAAAUUCUUUGACGUGCACGCGGGUACAAAAGUGUUACCCUCAAUUAAUUCAGAUGAAGUUCAAGUGCCGUGGGGGAAAGGAAUCAUUGGAUAUGUGGCUGAACACGGAGAGACAGUGAACAUUUCUGACGCUUAUCAGGAUCGUCGGUUCAGUGAUGAAAUUGACAAGCUGACAGGGUACAAAACCAGGUCACUCCUGUGCAUGCCCAUAUGCAACAGUGAUGGAGAUAUUAUUGGAGUUGCUCAGGCCAUCAACAAAACUUCAAUUGGAGAACUCUUCAAUGAAGAUGAUGAGAAGGUGCUGCAUAUGUACCUUCCUUUCUGUGGAAUUGCGAUCACCAAUGCCCAACUUUUCGCCGCCUCAAGGAAGGAGUAUGACAGGAGUCGGGCCCUCUUGGAGGUCGUCAAUGACCUGUUUGAGGAGCAGACUGACCUGGAGAAGAUUGUCAGAAAGAUCAUGCAUCGUGCCCAGACAUUGCUAAAGUGUGAGCGCUGCUCUGUUCAGUUGCUGGAGGACAUUGAGUCACCGGUGGUCAAGUUCACCAAGUCUUUUGAGCUACUGUCCCCCAAGUGUAGUGCAGACACUGAAAUCAGCCCCUUCAAAGACAGUAUGGAGAAAUCGUCUUACUCAGACUGGCUCAUUAACAACAGCAUUGCAGAGCUGGUGGCGUCUACAGGACUCCCCGUGAACAUCAGUGAUGCCUAUCAGGACCCUCGCUUUGAUGCCGAGGCGGACCAGUUCUCAGACUUCCACAUUCGCUCCGUGCUUUGUGUUCCCAUAUGGAACAGCAACCACCAAAUCAUUGGUGUCGCCCAAGUGCUGAACCUGCUUGAUGGGCAACCAUUUGAUGACGCAGACCAGCGUCUCUUUGAAGCGUUUGUGAUCUUCUGUGGACUGGGCAUCAACAACACCAUCAUGUACGACCAGGUGAAGAAGUCCUGGGCCAAGCAGUCCGUGGCUUUGGAUGUUCUGUCUUACCAUGCCACUUGCUCCAAGACUGAAGUUGACAAAUUCAAGGCGGCCAACAUUCCCCUGGUUUUCGAGCUGGGCAUCGAUAAGCUGUACUUUGAUGAUUUCUCCCUGGACAUGGAUGCCAUGAUAACGGCCUCUCUGAGGAUGUUUAUGGAGUUGGGAAUGGUGCAGAAAUUUAAGAUUGACUAUGAGACGCUGUGCAGGUGGCUGCUGACGGUCAGAAAAAACUACAGAAUGGUUCUCUAUCACAACUGGAGACAUGCCUUCAACGUCUGCCAGUGCAUGUUUGCCAUGCUAACGACGGCGGGCUUCCAGGAGACUCUGACCGAGGUGGAGACCUUAGCGCUUAUUGUAGGUUGUGUGUGCCAUGACUUGGACCACAGGGGCACCAACAACGCUUUUCAGGCCAAGUAA